AUGCAUGAGUGCAUCUCCAUCCAUGUUGGCCAGACCAGUGUCCGUAUUGGCAAUGCCUGCUGGAAGCUCUACUACCUGAAACAUGGCAUGCAGCCUGAAGGCCAGAUGCCAAGUUAUAAGACCAUUGGAGGGGGAAAUGACUCCUUCAACACCUUCCUCAGUGAAACAGGAGCUGGCAAGCAAGUGCCCCAGGUAGUGAUUGUAGACGUAGAACCCACAGUUACUGAUAAGGUUUGUACUGGUGUCUACUGCCAGCUCUUCUACCCUGAGUAG